CCGUAUUACUGCUGUUGUAACGACGGCCGGGUACAAGGGAGCUGCUGUUGGAAGUCGCUGGUCGCAGCGAGUGACGAACGACCGCGACUACUUAAGAGACCGAGGACUGAAGAGUCGCUGGCGUGUAUUGCGUGACGAUUGGAUGUAUUUGCUGGUGUCUGAUGGGACAACGGCUACUUGUCAAGUCGGUCAGCGGCAGACCAUUGGAACGCUAGCCAAUAGUUAGUUGAUCACGGCGUAUCGUAAUUGUUGUGAGUUUGGCUCCGUGACUGUUCACACCGCUGUUUCGACUUAAGCAAAGUCGAGCUAAUGCCUUCGGGCUUACCAGUUGCUGUGUCUUUCGUCAUCGUUGCCGUUACCGUCUUUACAACAGAAGACCAGAACGAAUUACCUUAUUGCAGUAUAUGUACAUACAAAGUGAAAUAGCAACCGGUGGAGAGAAGAGUGGCAUUGGUGAGAGCUAUACGAACAACUCCGUCCUACGACUGUUGCAAGCAAUAAGUUGCGAUUCAACUAUUAUGAGUUAAUAGUGCCUUGUUACUGUUACUAAUAGUGUGCUAAAUCAUAGAAAAUUGCGUUUCAUCGGGCUUGAAUCUCGAGCUGGCUGUAUUGCCGCGGCAGCAAUAGCAGCCGCAGGAAGAAGGCAGGUGCGAGAGUGUCUAUGUUGUUUUUGGUUCUGUGCUAUCAUUCCUCGCCAUUUGGAGUAAGUGGGAGUUAGGAGUGUGUAAAUAUAAAUUUGACGCUGUGUGCGUAACGUCACCGUCAUUCUGUUCGAAUUAGCCUGUGACUAACUCCGUCUGCGCAUUCUGCGAGCUGCGAAGUGCCGUACCACGGCUCUCCGUCAGAUAUUGGCCGCGCCAUGGCGGCCGCUACGGAGCCUGGACCCUCGGCAACCGGCUCACUCGCCAUUGCUCACCCGUUAUAUGAGUUGAGCAUUACAGCAGUAUCAGCUAAAUUGCACUCGUCUGGUAUAUUGUUCAAACCGGAUCCAUACGUAGAGAUCAGCGUCGACGGUGGGGCGGCUGUAAAAACAGACCACUGUAAAGGAACCGCGCACCCAAAGUGGGAUGAAACAUUUCCAGUGCUCGUUUCGCCAUAUUCGAAAAUUCUAUUUCGAGUCUUUAAUCACCACCAGUUCAUGAAGGACGACCUAAUCGGAGAGGCCACUCUCGACCUAUACUCAUUGCUCGAGAAAACUUCAGGAAAAUUACGUCAAUAUCCUCAGCACCUAGAUCUAUCCAGUGGAUGUUACCUUAUGACAGUAUUGGACGGGCUUCACCUUGACGUGUCACUAUAUCCGCCUCCAAAUUCUCCUCCAGCCGGUCAUAGUCUACUAACGCCGGCAGCUUCGGUGACGGCAACAAGCAACGCCCAGGCCGGUGGCAGCCAGGCUCAAAAUGGAACUCAACAAGCCCGAGUCAAACGCAAGAGCAAAGCUAACGGCGGCGCGGUCCAAAGUGGCCAGGGUGGAGCAGCGGGAGGCGCCACGAGCGGCGCAGUGCCCUCAAACUCGAUAGGAAACUCGACGAGCAAUACCUCUGGCGGAGGAAACUCUGUUGUCAUGAAUGGAACUUCCGGACCAACCUCGAGCCCUAGAACGCCGAACGCCAUUCAAGCCAAAAGUGCAGCGAGCGCACAGCCUGGUCAAGGGGGGGUAUUCAGUUUGCCACCUGUAGCAGUCAUCUAUUCAGGACCGGAUGACAUGGCACCAGCGGGAUCGGGUCCGCUUUCCUCAACUGUAGAUACGACAUCCGCUGGGGGUCGACCUCCGCGAAGCGGUGGAAGCGGAGGUGACCAGAGAAGCGGCAGUGGAGCGACGGCUCGCAACAGCAGUGGAACUUCAGCUGGCAAUUCAAGUCGUGAGGAUACCGCAAACGAGGAACUUCCUCCAGGCUGGGAAGUCCGCUUCGACCAAUUCAAUCGAAAAUAUUACGUUGACCACAACACCCGAUCGACGACCUGGGAGCGUCCACAGCCCCUACCUUCAGGCUGGGAGAUGCGACGGGAUAACCGGGGACGGGUGUAUUAUGUGGAUCACAAUACGCGGACAACAACCUGGCAACGUCCGACGCCAGAGAGCGUUCGCAACUAUCAGCAUUGGCAGGCAACCCAGGCUCAGGCCAUGCAGCAGUGCCAACAACGGUUCCUCUACCACACUCCUGUACAGGUCGAGGAAGACGACCCACUUGGCCCGCUUCCUGAAGGAUGGGAAAAGCGAAUCGACCCCAACGGCCGGGUCUACUUCGUCAACCACAAGAACAAAACGACACAGUGGGAGGACCCCCGAACGCAGGGCAAAGAAGACCCGCUCCCGCCUGGAUGGGAGAUCAAGUACACCAAGGAUGGAGUCAGAUACUUCGUGGACCACAACAGAAGGACAACGACGUUCAGUGACCCUCGACCCGGUUCAUACCCGCCAGGAAAAGGGCCUAAGGGAGCAUAUGGGGUGCCACUGGCAUACGAGAGAAACUUCAAAUGGAAACUUACGCAGUUCCGCUAUCUUUGUCACUGUAACUCUUUACCUAGCCAUAUAAAGGUAACUGUGAGCCGGAAUGGAAUAUUCGAAGAUUCGUUUAGUCAAAUUAUGCGUGUUGCUCCCCACGAGUUACGCCGUCGACUUUUCAUUACGUUCAAGGGAGAGGAAGGUUUAGACUAUGGCGGAAUCGCUCGCGAGUGGUUCUUCCUCCUAUCACACGAGGUGCUCAAUCCUAUGUACUGUUUGUUUGAAUACGCGGGCAAAAACAACUAUUCCCUUCAAAUCAACCCUGCCAGUUCAGUGAAUCCUGAUCAUCUAUUGUAUUUCCGCUUCAUUGGCCGAUUUAUUGCGAUGGCACUAUUUCAUGGCAAGUUUAUCUACUCGGGCUUUACGUUGCCGUUCUAUAAGCGUAUGCUGGGUAAGAAGCUAACGAUGAAAGACAUCGAAUCAAUAGACAACGAGUUCUACAAUUCACUCGUAUGGAUUCGCGAAAACAAUGUCGAGGAAUGCCAGCUUGAGUUGUAUUUCAGCGUUGAUUUCGAGAUUCUUGGGCAAAUCCAGUCGCACGAGCUAAAAUCGGGUGGCGCCGAGAUUCGUGUGUGCGAAGAGAACAAGGAUGAGUAUCUUCGUCUUAUGACUGACUGGCGUUUUUCGCGUGGUCAAGAAGAGCAGACAAAAUCUUUCCUUGACGGGUUUAACGAGGUUCUUCCUCUUGAGUGGCUGCACUAUUUCGACGAACGCGAGCUGGAACUGAUGCUCUGCGGAAUGCAGGAAAUUGACAUUGAUGACUGGCAGAAGAAUACCAUAUAUCGACACUACACCAGGUCUUCGAAACAGGUGAUCUGGCUGUGGCAGUUUAUCCGCGAGAUGGACUCAGAGAAGCGAAUGAGACUUUUGCAAUUUGUCACAGGCACGUGCCGUGUGCCUGUUGGCGGCUUCGCCGAACUUAUGGGAAGUAACGGCCCGCAGCGAUUCUGUGUGGAAAAGGUCGGCAAAGAAACGUGGCUGCCCCGGAGUCACACGUGCUUCAACAGAUUAGAUCUUCCACCAUACAAAUCGUACGAACAGCUUGUGGAGAAGCUGACGUACGCCAUCGAGGAAACUGAAGGUUUCGCACAAGAGUGACCAGAGUGACUGACUCAUUUAAUGAAAUUGGCAGUGAUGGUGAUAAUGGCAAAGAUGAAAUUAAUGAAGACGCAAAGAGUGUAAACCUACUGCUGGUGCUGCCGCCGUCGCCGCCACCGUUAACGAAGCUGCGACCUUGAUUGAUACAUGUGGCCGCAAAUUCAAGGAUUAGGCUCUGGGGGAUUGUCGGCCUGUAGCGCUGUAUCUGUCCCUCUCGCAAGGACAAUGUUCCUGUUCGGGAACGACAAAAUUACUAUUAUUUGUUGUCUAGUUAUUCACUACCCUUAGAGCAACUGCUAUGGAUAAAAAAUCAGCAGAAAUUGAGCGCCAAAAAUGUAACACAAAUGGAGAGCACGGACGAGGUGAUCCGCAACACUGAAACACCUAGACACACACAGGCACAGAUUAAAUCAGAGAGUAGAACGCUUGACCGAUCGAAUGCAACAGGCAGAGAAUGGAGGUUAUGUCCAUUUAACGCCGUUAUCUGAAAUUUUGGUCGGAGUUCGCUACAUUUUUUUAUGAUUCUGGCUACAAUAGGACUAUCUAACAAUAAUAAAAAACAAAAAAAAAAAAAAAA